AUGAGCGAGAACCCCGCCGAGCCCUCCAAGAAUGAGGGAAAUAGUACAAAGACUACCGAAGCAAACAAGGACACCAACCAAGAAGUUGAAUACGAUGACUUUGGCCUGCCGAUAAGGAAAAGGCGACCACGCACUCCGGUCGAGGACAGCUCAGACUCGGAAGUAGACAAGUUUGAGGAUGCCGUAGCUUCCAAAGAGGACAGCGCACAGCAGGCCAUCGCGCCAAAGGCAAAGGAAGAUACACCGCAAGAAAAGGAGGCCAAGAUUGAGACUCCACCAGCCAAGCCAGAGAAGAUUGAGGCGGAGAACAAUGCGCAGACUCAAGUCAACGUAGAGGCCACAGUGCCAGUGGAGAACCUCAAACCGAAGGGGCCCGAAAAGAUGCCUGAGGAACAACCCGAGAAGCUGCCUGAGGAUAGACUCAUAGAAACGAACCUAAAUUCGCUAGCAUCCAUAAAGUCUCCCUCAACCUUCGAGCCUCCAAAAGGCGUAAAUGGAACCAUAUCCGAAUACUCACACCAACGCCUCGUCACGCAGCCACAAGAUGAUUUCAAGGACAAGGUGGAGGAGGAUGACGACGACGGAUGGCAGACCAUGCCUGCGUAUGCUCACUACGACAUGUACGACGACGAUAACAGACUUAUUGCAAAGGAGAAUGCAGAGGAGCUGGAAGACAUGCAUGGCUACGGAAACGUCGGAGGAGCCGCCAAAGGUUAUACCAGGGUUAUCAUGGAUGAUGACGCCGAUUCGCAGACAAGCAUGGAUGACAACACCGCAUACCUCUUCAAAGAAAAAAGCACCGCGUUGGCAGAUGAAGACGAAGAGGGGAGAGAUCCACGCCAACAGAUGCAAGCCACCAAAAACAUCCUCACCGAAGGACAGCGUGUCGCAUACGUCGGACUGGUGCGAUUGGCCACCAAGGAAAUGGAAAGGAAGUUUGCCAAUUUCAAGACAACCAGCAGAAGACUUAAGAAGCUGCUAGAGCUGCAGUCGGGAACGACAAAAAUGUGGUCACAAAAGGUCAUGGUCAAGAUAUAUGCACACAUGGAUAUCAAUGCUUCUGAGCAGAUUAUGAUUGAGCAACUGUCAGAGCAUGGUGUAGUUCCGGCCGACCUCACGCCAGCAUUAAUGCAGAAUGCGCGGGUGAAGAACCCAGUAGCAGAUGACAUAGACACUGCCAGCGGAUCAGGUUCUGCAAGACCAUCUAUAUCAUCACCCCGUCCCGAAACUCCAGCAGAGAAGUCCAAGUCGAAACAUGCUUCAACACCAGGCUCAGAGGAGGGUUUUCAGUCACCGCCGCCACCACCCUACGAUGAACAUCAGGACGACGGCUACGACUACCCAGAGGCCAGGUCGCCAUCCCAACUUCCUUCCAGUAAGAAUCUCGACAUCGAUUUGCGAUGGACGGUCUUGUGCGAUCUAUUCCUGGUGCUCAUAGCAGACUCUGUAUAUGAUUCACGCUCGAGAGAGCUGUUUGAGCGAGUUGGCAAGUAUCUCGCCGUAGAUUGGCUAGAAAGCUGCCGCUUUGAGAAGCGUGUUACAGAUGCUCUGGAGAUGCAGGAGCAAGCUGACAAGGAGAACUGGAAUGAAGAUGAACACAUGGUUGCUCGUGCCAGGCGAGCGCGGAACAAGCGGUUGGCGUUCAUGGGUCUCGCGACCGUCGGAGGUGGUCUUGUAAUUGGGCUAUCAGCAGGUCUCCUAGCUCCUGUCAUUGGCGCCGGUCUUGCAGCGGGAUUUUCUACGAUUGGUGUGGCCGGUACCAGCACUUUCCUGGCUGGUGCUGGAGGUGCUGCCAUCAUCACGUCUACUGGUGUCGUUACAGGUAGCACUGUUGGUGUCAGAGCGAUGAACAGGCGUACAGGUGCAGUGAAGACAUUUGAGUAUCGGCCUCUUCACAACAACAAGAGAACCCAUCUUAUUAUUACAUUGGCGGGCUGGAUGAAUGGCAAAGUCGACGACGUCCGAUUGCCGUAUAGUACUGUGGACCCCAUCAUGGGUGACAUCUACUCUGUCCUCUGGGAGCCUGAGAUGCUUAGGAGCAUGGGUGCCACCAUCAAUAUUCUUGCUACUGAGGCUCUCACACAAGGUUUGCAGCAGGUUUUGGGAAGCACUAUUCUCACAGCUCUGAUGUCUGCUAUGACAUUGCCUCUUGCUUUGACGAAGCUUUCAUACCUGAUCGACAACCCGUGGAUUGUUUCACAAGCUCGAGCCGAUAUGGCCGGUCUCAUUUUGGCAGACUCACUUAUUGAUCGCAACUUAGGAACAAGACCUGUCACUCUCGUCGGCUUCUCCCUGGGCUCAAGAGUCAUUUUCUCGUGUCUGAAGGAGCUUGCGGAGCGUGGUGCCUUUGGUAUUGUACAGAACGUUUACAUGUUUGGUACGCCAGCAGUGGCCAAAUAUGAAGAGUAUGUCAAGGCCAGGUCCGUUGUGCCCGGAAGAUUUGUCAAUGGGUAUGCUACCAAUGACUGGAUUUUGGGUUAUCUCUUCCGCGCAACUAGCGGUGGUGUUAUGCGCGUUGCAGGCCUUGCUCCCAUCCAGGUUCCCACUAUUGAGAACGUCAACGUGACUGAGCUUGUGCCUGGCCAUAUGGCCUACCGUGCUGUCAUGCCCAAGCUCCUUCGCGAAGUCGGAUGGAUCGUUGAAUCAGACGAAUUCGCCGAAAUCGAGGAUCCAGAUCCUGACAACCACGAGCAGCGACAGCGCGAACUCAUCAACGAGAUUGAGGAAGCGAGAAAAGACCUGGAGAAGAAGGCGCAAGAGAAGGAGAAGAGAGGCAGUAAGCUGAGCUGGUGGAAGAAGAAGAAGGCCGCAAAGAACGAAUGGGAAGUCUACGACGAAAACUCGAAUGCUCCACCUCCAGGCCACAAGAAACUAGACCAAGACCAGGAUCCAGCGAAACUGGCAGAAAACCCAAUCAUGUUCGACAUUGACGCGAUACGAAAAGAAGUAGCGAGCCUGGCCGUCGAAACCAAAGAAUACAACGCCGAAGCCGAAUUCGAAAUCAAAGAAAUCAAAUCGACCCUUCCACCCAUGAAAAUCGACAUCGCCACCGUCCCUCCCUCGCAAGCAGGCAACAACCCGUACUCGAAACUCCGAGAGACCAAGAGCUACAACGACAGCCUAGGCUCAGCAAACACACCCAAAACCCCCUCCAACGGAACCCACACAGCCGGCGGAUGGGAAGAAUACGACGAAUUCGAGCACGAACAAGAGCACAUGGAAAUGACCUUUGACACUUCCUUCCGCGAUCCCAGUCCCCCUCCUCCUCACAAUUCAAACUCUAACAACACUACUAAUAACAAAUCAUCCUUCCCUCCAUCCCCCUUACCAGCCCCACAUAUCCACUCGGAUACUGCAUCUUUAUGGGACGACGAUCCCUUGUCGUCAUCUCAUCAUAUGGCCAGACCUCCGCUUCGCUCGUCCAAAACAGAACCUCAGGCCAUGAGUGGUGGGGGAAUGGACAAUGGGGACUUGGGACAUAAUGCGUGGGCAGAUGAGUUUGAGGAUGAUUUUGGCGAGGAGAAGGAGGUUAAGAUGAGUUUUAUGUAA